AUGGCGAUUGAUAAAGUGGACCUAGAGAUUCAUGAGGACAAACAACUCGAAAGGGUGUUUCUGGAGCUUUCAGCCAACGAAACAGACAUGGAGGCCGUGGAAAAAGACGUUGAAAACUACAGAAUCAAAAAAACCCAGGCUCUGUAUGAGAGCAGGCGUGACCUUUUAAAGCAAAUACCAAACUUCUGGUACGUCGUUCUGGCCCAACAUGAAGACUUUUCAGAGUACCUGCAAACUGACGAUCUACGAUACAUUGAGUAUAUCAAAAAUAUUCAUGUGCAAUGGAAAAUCAACGAUUCUGAAGGAGACAACACCAGGAAAUUUGACAUUACCUUCGAGUUUUCUUCUUCGGAUAAAGUGAAGUUUGCUGAUCAAAUUGUCACUAAGCAGUUCCAAGAGAUCAAUGAUCCAGAUACAGGUAAGCCAAGGCUGAUUUCCACACCCGUGUCCAUUGAGUGGCCUAGUUCCUACGACAAGAUCAACCCACUGAAAAUAAAGCGAAAGGGCUUGAUUUCCACAAAAGAAGACAAGAAGAAUUACAGGCAGGGAAUGAAAUCCUUCUUUGCAUGGUUCUCGUGGACUGGAAUGAGACCAGGAAAGGAAUUCAGAUCAGGCGAAGACCUCACCAGGCUAAUAAUUGACGACAUAUUCCCUGACUCAGUCAAGUACUACACAGAUGCCAUGUCUGCGGAUCUGGAGGAUGCUGACGAUGACGAGGAGGUUUCCUCCAGUGACGAACUUGAUCUCAGCGAGGACGAAGAUGAUGGUGCUCCGAAGAGGCCCAUUGAAGACGAUGUUGAGGAGACCUCAGCAAAGAAACUGAAAUCGCCAUGA